AUGUGUGUAAUGAUAAUUAUGACGAUUAUAACAGUCCUGAAUCUCUCUAUGUGUGUAUAUAUGUGUAUGUUUCCUGAUAACACGAAUACCGAAAAACCGAUACCCUCAAACCGACCAAAACCAAAACCAAAACCAAAAAGAAAACGCAAAGUGUUCAAUCAAGAACAAACAAAGAAAAGAAUAAGAAAAUACUCCAAAACGCUCGCGCUUUACCCGACCAAAUACCAAUUACAAAAAGGGACUCUGUGAGAAUGGUUAUACUCACACAACAGUAGCUUGCCCCCACCUAACCCCAAACGCUAACAAGAAUGCACAAUAAGAAGGAAAGAAGAGGACAAAAAAAAGCCGGUGAAAAAAAAGA